AUGUCUUCAAUUGAGAAUUUUAUUGAUCAGCCAAUUUGGGACGACGUUGAACCCAUUCCUCAGGACGAUGGUCCUGACCCGUUGGCCCCAAUUGCAUACUCUCAUGAUUAUUCACGCGCCAUGGAUUUAUUUCGCGCCAUUACGCGUAAAAAAGAACUAAGUGAAAGGGCUUUAAAGCUGACAGAAACUAUUAUCGAGUUAAAUCCUGCUCAUUAUACUGUUUGGAAUUAUCGUCAGCAAAUAUUGACUGCAAUAGAUUACGAUUUGAAUGAAGAAUUAAACUUUGUUGAUUCGUGUGCUGAACAAAAUCCAAAAAAUUAUCAAGUGUGGCAUCAUCGCCAAAUUGUUGUUGACAAGCUGAAUGAUAGCUCGCGCGAGUUACCAUUUAUUAAUGGCAUACUUGACGAUGAUUCAAAGAACUAUCAUGCAUGGUCAUAUAGACAAUGGAUAAUCAAAAGAUUUAACUUGUGGAAAGGAGAAUUAACUUUUGUGAGUUCACUGUUGGAGAAGGAUGUGAGAAAUAAUUCAGCUUGGAAUCAGAGAUAUUUCUACAUAUUCAAUAAUCCUGAAGAAGUGACUGAAGGAAUUAUAAAUUCUGAAAUUGAAUACGCAAUCGAAAAAAUUAGAUUGACGCCACACAAUAUAAGUCCAUGGAACUAUAUUAAAGGGGUAAUCGAAAAAUCCGGUAAAAGUAUCGAAAUACUGGAAAAUAUAUGUAAAGAACUUCAAAAUGCAGACAUUCGUUCACCGCAUUUAUUGGGUAGUCUUGUAGAUAUUUACGAGAAUAGAGCACGUGCUGGAUCGAAUAAAGAUAAACAAGAAGCUAUCAAGAUUUGUACACUUUUAGCUGAUGAACACGACAUAAUUCGUAAGAAAUAUUGGGAAUAUCGAAAACAUGCAAUAGCUGCUUAUUGA